AUGGGAGGAGACAAUCUUAAUUCACUAAACAUAAAGUCUGUUCUUUUAGAGACUUCUGGAAGACAUAUGUUUGGUCAUGAUGUGAAGAUGAAUAAUGGAAUGAAUGGGAAGGAAAGUUCCUGGACAGCGCUGGGUAAUUUCCUCGAAACUAACGAAACUCUUCUCCUAUAA